GAGCGCAGACGUUGCCGAGAUAUAAGCCAAGCUAAGCCCCAAGAUCGGGAGACUCGAAUCGGUGAAAGAAAGUCGAGAGUGAAAUUUUGUGUGCGCUCCAAACCGCUGAGACGAAUGCCGAUGACAAAACAAACGUGAAGCGAAACGGUUCGAAAUCGAAGUCGAAAAAGUGCGGCGGUCAACUGCCAAUUGCAAGUGGCCAAGUGAAGAAAGUUGGUGUGAAGAGGAGACAGCGAGUAAUAUAAAUACAAACAAAACCCGAGGACGUCAUCGGUAAAAGUGAAUUUUGAUCUUGAUUAGCCGCCCAGCUAAUCCAAGGCCCAAUUUAAGCUAAUCAUCGAACGAAAAACACAGCCGCCCGAAAUGAAGGUCUUCAGACUUAGUUUACUGCUGGUGGCCGCUCUGCCCCUGAUGUGCCAUGCCCUCCCCGCCACCGAUAAAUCCCUCUCGCUGGAGGACACAGACCUGGACAAUGAACCCGGCGAGAGUGUGAAGGAGUCCCAGGUGCAAAAGCGAUCCGGCAGCUUUGACUACGUGGCGCACCUGAAGUCCGGCCUGCUGUCCGGAAUUGGCCAAGCCUCCGCAUCCAUCGCCUCCGGCAGUUCCGGCGGAAGCAGCGGGGGCGGGGACAGCUACAAGUCCCACGAGAUUGUUGUCCAUGGUAACUCGGUGGACUAUGACCCCUGGUCGUUCAAAAAGUCCGUUCUGAACACUAUCUUCCAGGCGGUCAAAGCCAUCACCGGCGGGGUCACCGCGCUCAAGGGUCAGCUGAUCAAGGGCAGCGGAUACGCGUUGAGUGCGGGCGGCAACCUGGUGGCCGCCGGCGGCGACAAGGUCACCGAUGUGGGCAAGUCGAUCAUCAACUCGGCGCACAUCAACUCGCACACCUACGCCACUAGUCACUCCUCCUCCGGCGGCGGCGGUCUGUUCGCCAAGCUGACCUCCUUGUCGGGCGCCUCCUCGGGCGGCAGCAGCGGUCACAAGACCGUCUCCGCUCCUGCACCCGUCCUGCAUCACGAGACCAUCACCACGUACGAGAUCCCCACCGGGCACGCCAGCUACGGUCCGCCGUCGAAGCCGCCGUCCUACAGCAGCGCCACCCACCAGUACCUCCCGCCGGUGGGCGGGGCCAGCUACAGCGGUGGGGCGCCCUUCAGCGUUGGCCACCAGGCGGCCUUCGAGUCGCCGCCCAGCAACUAUCUGCCAUCGGCCUAUGGACAAGAUGCGACCAGUGCAAAUAGCAAUGACUUUAACAUCUACGGACGCCACACCAAACUGACGGAUGAAGAGGCUCGAAAGGCGGCUCUGCAGCUCCAGGAGAUCCUCAGUAUGUUGCCCAACGGCAAAACGGAGUAUACGGCCUCCAAAACGGUGGCUCUGGAUACGAAUUUACCCACUGGAACGGGUUUAGAACAGGCGGAGGUGUAUAAUAGCUACGGAAUACCCCUGCCCAAUAAUUUGGGCACUUUGGAGUCCCUUUCGCACACGGAAUCCAUAACGGCUGCCUAUAAUCCCGCCUCAAAGAAUCCAGCGGAUAUAUACCACCAAAUGGCCAAGAGACCAUCCGCCGAGGAACUCUACAUCCAGAAGCAUCCGAAUGAGGGCUACGACUAUCCACCACCUGCUGCAGCUGCUCCCGCGCCGCCAGCUGUCAAUGAUUACAGGGUGGAGAACUACCAUGCCGGCAAGAGUAAUGCCCUCAAGGAUCUGACGCCAAUUAUAGCCGCCUUGGAGGUGGCCAAGCGGAAGGGAAACAGUCACGGAAGUGGACCCGUCUACUCCAUUGAAAAGCAGGUGCACAAGCAGUCGCCGCACUUCCAGUAUUUGCCGCCAGUGGUGCAGAAGUCCAAGUACGUGUACAGUGCACCACCGCCACCACCAUCGUACCACCCAGGACACAGUGGUGGCUACAAGGUGCGCCGUCAGGUGGCGGGUGGAAAGCACCCGAAACGCGUCUUCCGGCCGCAGGACUACGAGAUACAGGAUCCACUGAUGUUCAACCGCCUGCUGGAGGUUUAACCGAGGAUCGCCUGUAGUCCUUAGCUUAUAGCCCUCUAAGUCAUGUCCAGCAUUUACCUAUAACUUAUUUAUGUUCUCGUUAUCGCAAUCGCAAUCGUUACUCGUAAUUAAUUAUUUAUUGAGCUUCCCAGAGAUCGCUGACAAUAAAGCAGCUUUAAACCCAA